AUGUACGAACAAGACCCAGCAGCCCAGUUCGUCCAUCAAGUGUCGGCUGGAUACUCGCUGCCCCAGACGUUGCCCCAGUACACAUUCGAUGAGACACCGUUGCGCUUAACGGACCGGCGUGGACGCGGUGGUGGAUAUGGCGGGCUGGGAGGGCCUGGGGUAGGAGGCGCGGCCGGCAGGUCCCUGCUUUAUUCGCCCAUUUUCAGCACGCCAGCAAGCGCCAACGCUGCGGGCGUCGGCCCCGCAUCUUCUGCCGCCGGCCACUUCAACUUCCACACCACCUCUGCAACCUCCGCCUCUGCUCUCACCUCGUCCGUCCCCGCUACCACACAUCACCGGUCCUCGCCGCCGCAUUUCGCCAUUCAAAAGAUGGAGCCAAAUCCCGAGGAUCUAGUCGCCCAGGAGGCGGCCGCCCGGGAAUUCCAACCCCAGCUCGAGGGCGAAAAGACGCCCAGCUCCGCCAUCACGAGCGAAUAUGCCAAGGCCGAUCCGGUAUACAUCCAGAAGACGGCGGUGUUACCCCGGACUUACUCGCAUUACCGCCCGAUCCAAGGUGACGGGAACUGUGGCUGGCGGGCCAUUGCCUUUGGCUACUUCGAGACGCUGGUAAAAGGCGGCAACAAGGGCCAGAUCGAGGCCGAGAAGCUACGUCUGGAGGGCCUCAACAGUUACAUCGAGACCAUUGGCGGCCACUCCCCAUAUGUCUAUACUGACUUUGUCGAGGAGACAUUGCUCCUCCUCGACAGGGUUGCCGCCCUUGCCGGUGACCCUGAGCAGGCCAUGAGAGAGGUAUAUGCGACCUUCAACGACUCCGAGAUCGGCAAUGCCAUCAUGUACCACUUUCGCCUGCUGGCGAGUUCAUACCUGAAGGGCAACCAGGAUACGUAUGGCGCUUUCGUCACGGACGAGGCAGGUGUGCAGGGUUAUUGCAGCAACGUCCUGGAGCGUCAUCAGGUCGAGAUUGACCACCUUGGUGUCUCGUUACUGGUCGAUGUGCUUCUCAAGCCUGUCGGUUUUGUUUUGGAAGUGGCUUACCUUGACCGCAGUCCUGGCUCCGAAGUCAAUUCGUACCGGUUUCCUGAGGAGGCCAGGGACCGACACCCAUCGACACUUGGACCCAUCAUCUACCUCCUGUUCCGUCCCGAUCAUUACGACCUUCUCUACGUUGCCGAGCCCGAGCCGAUUCCCGAGCCCGUUACUGUGCAGGUUCAUCGCGUGGCAUUUUCACCCACCUACGAUAUCGCCAGCGCCCCUGUUUCCAUGCCUAGCUACGGCAUCAACAUGGGGGUGCUCGGCAUGCUUCCCGGCUUUCAUGGGCCGCCACCGGGUCUAGCCCCAACCCUUCUGGAUACCAGCCCAUCACCAUUGUCGGCAUACAGCCCGAGUCCCACGUCAACCUGGAUGACCCCACCCUUUGCUGAGCCUCCUCAGCAGGCGCCUCCGGUCUCUGUCGCGGUACAAGCGGCCCCGGUUCCCAUGUCGCUGCCCAUCCAUACAGCUCCGGCGGUAGUUCCGGCAGCACCUUUGCAGACACACCCACUGCGUUUCAGCGAGUACUGCCAGCUUCCCGAGUACGUGGAGAACGACACAUGGCGCGAACCCAGCUUCCAAACGUCGACGUUUCGGAACAGCCAUUUCAACGUUGCGCACUACAACAACCCCAACUUUCAGCCCGAGGAAUAUCGGCCCGAGGCUGAAGACUACGAGGGACCGCAGCGCGGAAACGGGAAGAAGCGCGCGAGCGUCUAG